AUGCCAUCUUUGGAACUAUGCUACGAUCAAGAUUGGUUCGCGGAAAAGCUGCGGUCCUGCGCCGAAUCACGAGAUCUGUCGCAGGGCCGCCGGAUCCACGCUCAGAUCAUCGCCUCCGGCCAGCCCACGAACAGGUUCCUCGCCAACCUUGCCAUCGACAUGUACGGCAAAUGCGGCAGCCUGGGCGACGCUCGCGCGAACGGGCAUCUUGUUCUCGCCGAGAAACUCUUCCACCAAAUGCCCAAGAAGAACCAGGUCUCCUGGAACGCGUUAAUCUCCGCCUACGCAGAGCUCGGGGAAGUCUCCAAAGCCCGCCACCUUUUCGAGGCCAUGCCCGAUAAGAAUGUAGUCUCCUGGACAGCCAUGCUCGCUGCAUUUGCCGAGAGGGGGCAUCUUGACGAAGCGAGAGAUUUCUUCGUCCGGAUACCAAACAAGAACGUCGUCUCCUGGACGACCAUGAUCCUGGCCUACGUGAAAAACGACCGCUUGUCAGAAGCCCGGGAGAUGUUCGAUCGAAUGCCGCUCAAGAACGUCGUCACCUGGACCACCAUGAUCGGAGCUUACGGCCGGAGCUCGCAUUCGAAGCAAGCUCUUCGUCUCUUCCAACUCAUGGAUCUGGAUGGGAUCCAACCCAACGCCGUAACUUUGAUCGCUCUAGCCGAUGCCUGUGCGGCGUCCCCGACUCCAUCCCUGGCCAAGCUCGUCGAUAGCAUCGUCCAGGACACCCCUCAUCGAUCGGAUCUUAUGGUGGUCACUGCGCUCGUCAACUUGCAUGGAAGAUCCGGCUGCGUGGACGAAGCUCGGGGCCUGUUUGAUCGCAUCUCUUGCCGGGACUUGGUCCUCUGGACGGCCAUCAUCACCGCCUAUGCUCACAACGGCCUCCGGGACCAAGCGCUGGAGCUCUUCCAAGAGAUGGAGCUUCAAGGCCUGGAACCAAACGAGAUCACGUACAUCAACGUUCUGGCUGGAGCGGCUUACGCUGGCCUGGUCGAGGACGCUUGCUCGUUCUUCGCCUCCAUGGUUGGCGACUACAGCAUCGCACCGCUGCUGGAUCACUAUAUCGGAAUGGCUCACGUACUGGGGCGAGCGGGGCGGCUGGCCCAGGCCCAGGAACUUAUCGAGUCGAUGCCUUUCAUCGCUGAUUAUGUUGCCUGGAUGACGCUGCUCAGUGCCUGCGAGACGCAUCUGGAUGCCGAGAGAGGUAUCCUGGCUGCUGAGAAGGCCUCGGAGCUCAAUCCAGAGACGUCUUCGCCGUACGUCGUUCUGGCAAAUAUCCACGCAGCCACCGGGGACGAGAAGCUUGCUAGAGCACUGGAGGCGCGUAGGAGACGUGCUACCUCUGUGAAAACGGAUAAUGGAUAA